AAUAUUGUGUCGCACAUGUUGUGUGAAACGCGCAAAAACAAAGCAAUUUAAUUUGUAAUGUCUGGUGAGCCUGAAAUUGCCAAAGAUGCUGUACUCAAGCGUAGCGAGCCCAUACCAGUGGAUACGCCGCAGGUGCACGGUUAUGAAUUUAACCAGGGCAUUAACUACAGCAAACUAUUAGAGUCCUAUUUGCACACCGGUUUUCAGGCCACAAAUCUCGGCCUGGCCAUCAACGAAAUCAACAAAAUGUUAGAUUGCAGGGCUCAGCCGCUGGAUGCCGAACAGGAGGAUUUACACGAGACGGAUGAGUUUAUCCGGCGUCGCAAGAAAUGCACCAUUUUCUUGGGUUACACAUCGAAUCUGGUGUCCUCGGGCUUGAGGGAGACACUCCGUUUUCUCGCUGAGCAUCGUAUGAUCGACUGUAUUGUGACGACAGCCGGUGGAGUGGAGGAGGAUUUCAUCAAGUGCCUGGCGCCGACAUUUUUGGGCUCCUUUGAGCUGAGCGGGCGAGAUUUGCGAGAACGUGGCAUAAAUCGCAUUGGUAAUCUGCUGGUGCCCAAUGACAACUACUGCAAGUUUGAAGAUUGGCUAAUGCCGCUGCUCGACGAAAUGCUGGAGGAGCAGCGCAGCAAGGGCACCGUUUGGUCGCCCUCACGUAUUAUCCAGCGAUUGGGCGAGAGAAUCGGGGAUACCAGUUCCAUAUACUAUUGGGCGGCAAAGAAUCAGAUACCGGUCUUUUGUCCCGCUUUAACCGAUGGCAGUCUCGGCGACAUGAUGUACUUUCACUCGUUCCGGCAGCCUGGUCUCGUUGUGGACAUAUUGUCGGAUUUGAGGCGCCUCAAUACGAUGGCCGUUAAGGCGGUCAACAGUGGCAUGAUUAUUGUCGGAGGUGGCCUUAUCAAGCAUCACAUUUGCAAUGCGAAUCUGAUGCGCAACGGCGCCGACUAUUCUGUGUUCAUAAACACCGCCUCCGAGUUUGAUGGCAGCGACAGUGGAGCACGGCCCGAUGAGGCCGUUUCCUGGGGCAAGAUACGCAGGGAGGCGACACCGGUUAAGGUGUAUGCCGAGGCCAGUCUCGUAUUUCCCCUCAUUGUCGGCGAGACCUUUGCCAAACGGCACUUUAACCACAAGGACACCACAUUGUAAUCGUCUCUCUUCCUCUUUCUCUCUCUCUAUAUAUAUAUUGUUAUAAAUAUAGUAAAAUGUAUUCUUUAACGACCCAUGGAAAAAGUAGUGCAAUUUUCUGCUGGCCGCACUCCAACAACCACUUUGAGGCACAAUAAGAAACUCCGCUCAGUCUCCAAAGUGUUGUGUGCUUAAUGCAGCCAGAAUGUGGUACAGUGGUACCUCCUCACAUUAUUUCAACCUGUAAAAGUUACAACUGUAAUGAAAUCGGUUUUGUUUCUAAGGUGCCUUGUUGUAUUCUAAUUUUGAAUCGAUAUAAAUUAUUGACAUACGAAGAAAUUAA